AUGGCCUCACCAAUUCCCCGCGGCCUCAAGCAGGUCCUCGCCAAGUCGCCUAAUGACAUUGUCAUUCUCUCCUCUCUGCGCACUCCCGUCACCCGCGCGAAGAAGGGUGGCUUCAAGGACGCUUACCCGGAAGAGCUGCUCGCCUCCGUCCUGCGCGCGACCCUCAAGGCCAACCCCAACCUGGAUCCUGCACUGAUCGACGAUGUCACCAUCGGCUCCGUCCUCCAGGAGCUCGGUGGCGCCAAGGCAGGCCGCAUGGCUCAGAUCCACGCUGGAUUCCCCUCACUCCCCGUGGCCUACGGUAUCCGCUCGGGUGCUUUGAACGUCGGUGUCGGCGGUGGUAUGGAGUCCAUGACCCGCAACUACGGCUCGCGCGCUAUUCCCACCGUUCUCUGGCCCGAGCUGAAGGAGUCCCACUCCCAGGAUGCGCGGGACUGUAUCAUGCCCAUGGGUCUUACCUCCGAGAACGUCGCUGAGCGGUAUGGCGUUUCCCGUGCGGAUCAGGAUGCCUUCUCCGUCGAAUCGCACAAGAAGGCUUCUGCCGCGCAGAAGGCUGGCCGUUUCGAUAGCGAGAUCGUCCCUGUUACUACUAAGCACUAUGACCCCGAGCACCCCGAGGCGCCGGGCAAGGAGGUCACCAUCACUCAGGAUGAUGGUAUCCGCCACGGCCUUACUCUCGAGAAGGUUGCUUCCCUCAAGCCCGCCUUCAAGGCCGACGGUGCCAGCACCGCUGGUAAUAGCUCCCAGGUCAGCGACGGUGCCGCCGCCUCUCUCUUGAUGCGCCGUUCCACGGCCGAGGAGCUCGGUCUCUCUGGCUCCAUCAAGGCCCGCUGGGUCGCUACCGCCGUUGCUGGCUGUGCUCCUGAUGAGAUGGGUGUCGGCCCUGCCGUUGCCAUCCCCAAGCUUCUCGAAACCGUUGGUAUCCAGGUCUCUGAUGUCGGUGUCUGGGAAAUCAACGAGGCUUUCGCCUCGCAGGCUCUGUACAGUGUUCGCAAGUGUGGCAUUGACGAGGCCAAGGUUAACCCCAACGGUGGUGCUAUUGCUAUUGGUCACCCUCUCGGUGCUACUGGUGCCCGUCAGCUGGCCGAUCUGAUCCCUGAGCUUGAGCGCAGCGGUAAGGACAUCGGUGUUGUCAGCAUGUGCAUUGGUACCGGCAUGGGCAUGGCUGGUAUGUUUGUUCGGGAGUAA